GUUCUCAAUGCUAUUUCAAAAAAAAAAUUAAAAAGUCUGAAGGUCAAAAUGAGGUGUGCCAGGUGAGAGAGUCAUGAAUGGCAGAGAAGAAUGUGAGGGUGGUGCCGGACAUAGGUAAGAGUAAACAAAAAAUAAUGCCAGAGUGGCAUUAAUUAUAGGUCGUUGUGGCAAAAUAAUCUUUAGAACUGGAAAAAACUCUUGAAGAACACAUGACUUUAACCCAAAACCAACAUCUGUAUGCUAAAGGAAAAAAUGUUAGCCCAGAAAAACGAUGCACUACUUUUGUUUCUACAGUCUACAAGAAAGUAGGUGAUGAAGUCGUCCUUAGUCCAGACAUGACUUCUGUGACUGCACCUAUUACCAGCAUAAUGUGGAAGGUCGGUCCUAACAUCGCUGUCCAAUGGGAAGAAUCAGAUGAAUCGGAUAUCACCUAUUUUCGUCAUUUCAAAGAGCGUGGCAGCUUGAACACUUCCAGUGGAGCAAUGACGAUCAAAGGACUGAUUUACAGUGACAGCGCAUUGUACACACCAGAAAUCAACAGUGUGGUACUCGUUUCCAUUCCCCUUUCAGUCUUGUCUGCUGUUCCUGUGCCCUCUGUUACUGUAUCCUGUGAUGAAGAAAAGAGCAGCUGCAUUUUGACAUGUGAAGGCAACACGACUGGACUUGACCAACUCACCUACGUAUGGAAGUUUGACAACGAAAAGACAGUUUCAAGCAAGCUCUGUUACAUCGGAAAGGAUAACAGUUCAAUGGUAAAGGAGUUCAGCUGUGAGCUGGAGAACCCAGUCAGCUGGGAGAGCAGCAGAGCCAUAGGCAACCCUUUGACAAUGACUGGAGGAAAGCCUGUCAGUAUAAAUACCGGGCUGACAGUAUUCAUCUGUAUGCUGUGUCCUGUACUGAUCCUCGUUUUUGUACACAGAUGGAGGGCUGGCAUGUGGUUUUUUCAGAAAGAUUCCAUGCCAUGGGAGGCAGACUUCUGGAGGAGGCAGACAAACAACACAGAGACAGAAGAAACAACACUGAAUAAGAUUAAUAAGUGUGAUGAUUGACACACGGCUGAAGAACAAAGGGCUUAUGUUACCCCACAACCACUCCACCCAUCUGAGGAACGUCGUCCUGCAGUCCCAACACCUCAAACAAGACAAUCCAGGUUCUUCUCAUGGAUCGUUCUACCCAGCUAGAAUGAUCUACCAAGCACCACCAGAACAGAAGCUCCUGAAGACCCAGCUCUUCAGAGAGAACCUCCUUGUCCUUGCACUUGUCUCCACUUCUGCACUCCACCCUCAGGUCCCCUUCUGUCCUAACCAGUGGCCGCCUUUAAAGCGUCACUCUACGUAGCUUGAUGGUUAAUGUUCCUGUACAUCACUUUGAUCUGCUAAUUGCAUGAAUGUAAAUGUGACCAUGCUCCCAGUAAAUGUGUCUGUGCUCCUGUGUCAUCUAUAUAUUUAUAUAUAUAUAUAUAUGUGUGCAUGUAUGUGUAUAUAUAUACAUAUAUGUAUAUACAAUAUAUACACAUAUUAGAUCUGUUCAAAAAACAACUUUUUUAAAUUUUAAAGCCAACUGCUGUGAUUCCCAUUCUCCAAGCUGUGGAAUGACCAGAUAAAACAAUUAUUUUGGUUUCUGACCGUGGGAAGUGCCUGCCUCAUGAGCCAUACAGCUUUGAUGUUGGAUGGGGGGGGGUUCUAUUUUGCCUUAUAACUUAAUUAGAAUUAACCCCAUAGCAUUAUGAGUGGUACCACAUGAGAGCUGAUGAAAUUCCCUUUAAGGUGAUACCCAAUACAUUAUACAUCAGCAAUCUACACCAUUAUAGCUGUCUUUGAAGCAAAAAUGUGUAGAUUUUAGGGAAUUUCAGCGGGACCAGGUCGAACCAUACACCACUCAUAAUGAUAUAUGGUUGAUUUUAGUGAAGUUAUAAGGCAAAAUAGAACACCCCAUCCAGAAUCCCAAGUGGUUUUGACAUCAAAACUGUAUGGCUUAUAUCAUUUUUUAAGUUGUUUUUUUAACAAGUCUAGUAUAUAUACAUAUAUGUAUAUAUAUAUAUAUGUAUAUACAUAUGUGUGUGUGUGUGUAACUAAUAUAAUGGGAGAAAUUCUUACUUGACCCCUUGUUGAAUUUGUUUGGUUGUUUAUUGAUUAUGACGAUAUAAUAUCAGUCAAAAAUGCAUGAAAAACCACAGACACUAGAAAAGUUCUAAAAUGUUGUGUGUGUUCUACUGGGUGGUUCUACAACUCCCCCAGAAUUCUGGCUCCCACAGAUUGGCUAGUAGCCACAGGGGUGACUUCACUGCACUGAGGGGGAUAUGUACUGUAACAUCUUGGUUGAAAACCUCCUUUCCUCUGGAAUAACACAGAUUAAGGUCAUGAAGUGGCCCAGUCAGUCUCCAGAUCUGAACUCAAUAGAAAACCUGUGGAGGGAGCUGAAGCUUCAAGCUGAACCUGUGUGAAAUCUUGGUGACCAACUACAAGCCUCGUCUCAUCACUGUGCCUGUUUCUCUACCAAAUACUAACAUUUGUUUUGUUUGGGGAUCAAAUAUUGAGAAAACCCUGAUCUCUCUGAGUCCCACGAUGAUGACCAACAUUAGAAUACAGCAGCAGAGGCCUUCACUGUUAGCUUCCACCAUAGGAGAGAGGUUUAGACAGAUGUUUAGGUUUAAAUGUUGUAUUAAUUGUGCAUGGUAUGUGUAGAUUGAUUCAAUUGAAAAUGUAAAUGUGAAAAUAUGAAUUUUCCCCACGUACCACUAGAGAGCACUCACGUACCACUGGUGGUACACGUACCACAGUUUGAGAACCACUGAUUUAGAGAAUAUAAGUGUUGUUCUACUUAGUUUGCCACGGUGUUUCAUUAAACUGACUGUUACAAACAAA